GCAGUUCAAUGAAGCCCUGAACGCCGCACACGGGUUUUUCUCCGCACCGAUGAGUAACAUCAGCCACACUCUGUCUUUUGUGCUGCCCCCCACUAACGUUGGCAAUGUCUUGUUGAUUGUUUUCGGCAUUUUACUGGCUAGCGCAAUCGUUUUCCUUAACGCGUCUGUGUGUCUCUCGAUACUGCUGAGCAAGGCGCUGCGCAGUGAGAACCGCUUCAUGUACAUGCUGAGCACUUGCCUCAGCGACAUCUGCACUGGCGUGUCUUAUUAUUAUGUGGGUGUUCUCAAUGUAAGGGACACCCUUGACUCCCCCACGAGAACCUUUUACAUCGUACACACAUUUCUAGGACUGUCGUUCUUGGCCAUCCUGGCCGCACAGGCUGACAGGUACCAUGCGAUAGUGUCCCCCUUCAAAUACUCCCAGCGCAUGACCCGAAACAGGACACUGGCGAUCAUUGUAGCCUACUGGCUCUAUGCUUUCUUCAUAGUGGCUCUGCAUAACCUGGUCACGCUUGGGGUGGCCAGACAAAUUACGAGCAUGGGUACGUUUGUCGGGAACAUACUCACUCUGACUAUAAUGAUAGGGCUGAAUGUCAGACUGUUCACCAUAGCCAGGAUCCAGCUGGAGAGGGAGCCGCCCUCUGAGGAGAGAGACAACAAGCGCUCAUCUGUGUACCUCAUUCUGGUGGUGGCUGUGUUUUUCUUGGGAACGUGGAUUCCCAUAUUCUGUCACAUCAUGGCUUGUAAUUUCAUUGGCUCGACCUGCUAUACCUUCAGGAACGAAGGCACCGACCCGCUACGCAUUUUGCCCCGUGUCAAUGCUGUCCUUACCCCCAUCCUGUACAUCAGGGGCUGCACUGCGCUCAAAAAGGCGCUGCUCGCCAAAGUGUGGAGACCCUGCAGCGGGAGGAGCGUGCAUCCUGGACAACUCGACCUCAAACGCAACCAUUUCUAAGUGGUCGAAGUCAGAGUUGCUAAACAAAUCCCGUUCAAAUACUGCUGAAGAUUUUAUAAUUUUGAAAGAACGUCAAUUUACAAACGUUGAGGAAGCGGUGAGACCUUUUUCUUUUUUUCUUCUUUUUUCCUUGAAGAUGUUUCAUCUUAGACUCACACACUAACGAUUUAAUGUAUCUGUUUACAUCACAGUGAAUGAAGUGGAAAAUUGUCAGUGGAAAUCUGUGUACAUGAACACAGAUUAUGUGGCGUGUUCUGCAUCAUUUUAUACUUCAAUAAAUUAAACGUUUAAGUCGUCAACGACAGUAGAAACUCAGCUGUGCCAACUCUUCUUUCUUAUUUCUAAUGUUAAUACUCGCCAUUUUCACUUGCUGCUUUUCUCUCUCUCGCUUUUCAGCAGCAACAGUUUUCCUGUUACAUUGAUCAUAUCAUGAAAAUGAAUGCAUUCUAAUGUAGCAGCCUUGCACUAAAUCGUCCUUCAUACAUGCGCUAAUAAAACUACAUGGUCAGUUUGGAGGAUGCAGGUUGCGGUGCUGUUAGACCGGAUUGAAUUAAAUACUAAAGUGUCCCUGUUAUUUGGCUUAACAUUCUGACUACACUGGGGUCGUCAAAAGGCACGACACGGUACAAUUCCUCGUUUAUUUGAAGUAAAUCCAGACUUUCAUGAAGAUGAGGUGUAGUGCAGGACUGUUUAUUAG